UUUUAUUUUAAAGGAAAUGCUAUUAUUAAACUAAAAAACUGUUCCGUCUCAUCUAUAAAAAAAUUUCAUCCGAUCAUCCUCUUCCUAACGUCGCCGCCAUUUUUAUUUACAUUUGUAUAUGUCAUCACAUAAAAUUGAAACGUCAUAAAAAACAAACGAUCUGAUUGGUUUACGUAAGAAAUUGCCUGAACGGUUGCAGAUAUUUCGUGCAACCGUGAUUUCUAUAUCACACGAGGAUUUUUCGAGCAAUUUUUGGAGAAAUUACACUUACAGUUGCACUUAUUUUCUCUCGUGUGAUAUAGCAAUAAGUACAUCUUUCCUGGUGUGCACUUAUAACAAGCUGUAUGCCCUAUGACAAUUUCGCCAAACUAAAAAAAAAAAAAACAUUUUCUUUUUAGACCUGAACAUUUAUAUCCGAGGUUAUACAAGCCUGGAACACCCUGCACUGAAUGUCCAGUCAACUCAUGCUGUGAUACUGAUCCAACCGAACCGGGAACAUAUGCUGGACUCUGCCGCUUAUAUUUUGCUCCAGCUAUAUAUCUUCCGAUGGCUCCAUUAAGAUUCUACUGCUCUUUCAUUGAUGAGGAUCCGAAUUGCAAUUUUAAGAACAGAGGUCAAACACCAUACAAGUUGAUCAAAAUUCCUGGAGGAAAUCUAUUGCUGACAGAAAUGGGAAUGGGAACUCCACCUGCGAGUGCAUGGUUUCCGAGGACCAUUAUAGGCAAGAGUGGAGCGUGCUUGGUGAUUGUUGAGCGGAAUGCUCAGAGCGCUGAUUUGGGAGUGCAGCAGAGAGAGAAGAGCAAGUUGCAAGUGAUCCUUCACAUACAUGAAGCUGACAGAACCUAUCCUCAGAUCAUUGUGCUUCAUUUGCAGAACAGCUGGGUGUUCAUGACUCAUCAUGUCCCACUCACAUUCGACAGAUUCUUUACGGUAAGCAACAUCCAAUUAAAUACUGGAAUAUUCGACUGA